UUUACAGGAUCCGGACUUCAGAGAAUUCUGUACCAAAGUUCUCGGAAUUUUGCACAGCCGUGAGCGAGGCGCUGAGUGCAUUAAUGCUUUAAGGCGACUGUUUCUGCUGUUAGCCGCUACUAGACAAAGAAGAAGGUUGACACAGGAAUUAAUCGAUGAACUGAAAAAUGUUACCAGUGAACCUCAGCAAGGUCCUAAAAGAUUACGACUUCUUUGCUCUGCGAUCUUGCGAGAAAUAACUCCCACCAAUCAUCUGCUUAUCACUAAUUUGGAGCCUCCUGUGGAGCAGAAAAACAUCCCAGUCAUUUUACCUUUGGUUUGGGUCCAGGGUCAGGAACAUGGCCUCUGGACAAACCACGUUCCACAGCUUGUACAGUGGUUAACCAAUCCUGGUGUUCCCGUAGAGUUACAGACAUUGUCGCUUGGAUCUUUACAGUUAUUAAUACACGUAGAUGACAACUUGAUAUCACAAGAUGAUGCAGGUGGAGUUAGUCGGCAAAUGGCUAACUGGUUGAAAAAUGCCAGCACGGUGUCAGCACCUAAUCCUUACCAGAGACAGAUAUUCAGAGGAGGAAAGGCUAAGGGGUAUCAGCUGGUUACUGAAGUUGAUGGAACAUCAUCAAGAUAUUUUUUCACAGUGUUGAGUAUUGCACAAUACUUUUUCCCAGACCAAGUUUUGAAUAUCCACAGCUUUUCUAUGUUAAGAUCAUGGCUUCAGCAUCUUACAUUCACCACUGCAACAUCAAUCUCUGUUUCUCCGAGAGAUCGUCGGUCACCAGUGACUUUAACAACUGCCUCAAAUCCUGGCUCUGUUGAGAAUCUCAGCCAAGCAACUUAUCCAUAUGGAUCUCUAUCCCAUAACACCCUUGACCAGAGUCAGUCAAGUAUGGAUAAUGUUUCAAUUGGUUCCCAAUCUUCUGCUGGCUUUAUUAUCCCUUUGUUACGUUCCUCACCACAGGGGUCUGAGAACCAGUCUUUGAACCAGUCCCCCAUUCUUGGAAGAUCUCCAGAUGACAGAUCUCCUGAUGACCGGUCAAGUGGCAGUGACUCUAGACCACAGACUCCUUUAAACUUUCCACUUGAUCCCGAGGAGACUGGUGUCAAGGCUCAGGCAAAACCAGCAUCACAGCGGGGUAAACAUCAGAGAUCUGUGUCAUCAGUGAGUUUCUCAAAACUGUUUCCUUCCAGUGUACAUGGUGCAAAAACUGGUGAACAAGAACUGAAGGAAAGAGCUUGUGAAUAUUGUCUUCGGCUUCUGGAACAAAGUGAAAGAAAACCAAGCAAGCAUCAAGAUGUCGUGUUAAUUGAAGCAUGUCUUGUUGAGGCCAUCUACAACUUGGACAUCCUGUGUGCAACAGACAAGUCCUUAAUUCCCAAACUUAUCGAGAUAAUAAGAAGACUUUAUACUCGAGUCAAGUCUGACAUCAACAGGUGGAAAAGGGUUUUGAUUCCUGUAGUGCAGUUUCUGCUUAACCAUGGUGAAACUGUAGUUCUUGAUCCUGAACCUGCCUGCCAGUAUCUGCUGGGUCCUGUUCUGAGUUCUUAUUAUGCCAACUCUUCCCUCGCAUUUGAUAUUAUUUUCUUUUGCCUGGAAAACCUGAGAAAACUCAGCGCAUCAAGCACCAUCCUUUUGAAGUAUUUCCCAAAUCUAUUUAAGAUCUUGGCGUGGCAUCCACGCACAUAUAUCAAGGAAUUCAUAGAGAUGCUGCCAGCCAUGCUAAAUGAGGACAAUGUCAUUGAGAUGUUUCACUCACUGUUGGAUCUACCUUGCUUAGCUGCGGCUUUGUGUACAUCUUGGGCCACUAAAGCAAGGGCCGGCAGUAGUGACAAGAUGGUUUUCGUUCAGUCAUCUGUUGAUUAUUUUCUGGACCCAGAAUACAAGCCUCUCUUUAGCUACAUUAUGAGAUUACAAGCUGGACAGGGAGACACCAUAGACAAACUCAAAACACUUCAUUCUUUGUUAGAGGACAGACUCGAUCAACCUCGCGUUGUUGUAUCUGCACAAAUAGCUCCAGUUCUAUUGAACGCGAUGUUUUCCACCAUCCUGGAAGAAGCAGAUGAGGAAACAGCCAGUCGCAUGGUGCCUGUUAUACUUGAAAGAGUCGGUCUCCUGUAUCCUGUGCAAGACUACCGUAAAGAGAUUCACGAGUUGCUGUCAGAACGGCUUGUACAGUUGUGUCAGAAAUAUCCAAACCUGAUAGUCAGGUAUCAACAGGAUAUCAUGGAGUUUGUUAGCGGACUGAAAAAUCUUGGACCAGCCAAAGAGAAUUUCUUCGUUCACUUGGUUAGUUAUGUAAACAACAAUUGCGUAUUUGGGUUUUUAAUACACUUCCGUCUCGGAAAACAAAGGAGUGUUAUUUUUUUUCACGAGAAACGAAGUUGA